CAAAUGUACAACUCUUAGCUCCCAAAAUCUCUGUCGGAAUAACCUCAACACCGCUUUAUUGCGCGUCUUUCGGCUCUCUCUCUCUCGGGGACUACUUUUCUGCUGUGGAAGGGUUUUUCGGAGAAGUCUGGGAAGCAGCUCGAGUUGAACCCGGUUUUGAAGGGGCUGUGGCCAUGGCCGGGGGUGGAGGUGGAGGUGGUGGAGGUGUUGGUGGGGUUUCUCCUAUGGGGCCCGCACCGCCAAUGUGGUAUCACCGGGACCUGAGUCGAGCUGCGGCCGAGGAGCUGCUGGCCCGGGCCGGGAGGGACGGCAGCUUCCUGGUGCGGGACAGCGAGAGCGUCAACGGGGCUUACGCUCUGUGUGUACUGUUUCAGAAGCAUGUCCACACAUACAGAAUCCUCCCAGACGAGGAAGGAUUUCUUGCUGUACAGACAUCUCAGGGCGUGCAGCCUAAGCGGUUUAAGACGUUACCAGAGUUGGUGUCGUUGUACCUGCAGCCCAGCCAGGGUCUGGUCACCACCCUGCUUUACACCGUGGACAGAGAGGAAACAGUUGUCAGCGAUGACCGGGACUAUUCAGAUGGGGAGGAUGAGAAGCCCCCCCUCCCCCCUCGCUCUGCCUCCACCUACACUCCCCCUGGACCGGACACACCAACAGAGAGUGCUCCAGCAGCUAAUGGCCUGAGCACCAUCUCCCACGAGUACCUGAAGGGCAGCUAUGCUCUGGACCUCGAGGCGGUCAAACAGGGAGCCUGCUCGCUGCCUCACCUCAACAAGACACUAGUGUCCUCCUGCAAACGCCUAAAUGGGGAGGUGGAUAAGGUUCUGUCGGGUCUGGAGAUCUUGUCCAAAGUUUUUGAUCAGCAGAGUGCUUUCAUGGUCUCCAAGAUGAUCCAACAGUCUGUGAAUCAGGGUGGAGACCAGGAGUUGGAGAACCUUGUGACCAAGCUGGCAAUUCUCAAAGACCUGCUGUCCUCCAUAGAGAAGAAGGCUCUGAAAGCUCUCCAGGACAUGAGUUCGUCAUCUCCAUGCUCCCUUCCUCCUCUUUCUAUGCGUCACAGCAAAGCCAUCCCUGUUCAGCCCUUCGAGGUAAAGCUGGAUGUUUACCUGGCAGAGCUGACAAAGAUAGGAAAGAGUCAGAAGUACACUCUGUCGGUGGACGUGGAGGGGGGACGGCUGGUAGUGAUGAAGAAGGUGAAGGACAGCCAAGAGGACUGGACCACCUUCACACAUGACAAAAUCCGGCAGCUGAUCAAGUCUCAGCGGGUGCAGAAUAAACUGGGCAUUGUUUUUGAGAAGGAGAAGGAAAAGAACCAGAGGAAAGACUUCAUUUUUGCUAGUGCCAAGAAGCGGGAGGCAUUUUGCCAGCUGCUGCAGCUGAUGAAGAACAAACAUUCCAAUCAAGACGAGCCAGACAUGAUUUCCAUCUUCAUAGGCACCUGGAAUAUGGGCUCAGUGCCUGCGCCUAAGUCUCAGGCCUCAUGGGUAUUGUGUCGUGGCCUCGGUAAGACUCUAGACGAGAUGACGGUCACCAUCCCUCAUGACCUUUACGUGUUUGGAAGCCAAGAAAACUCUGUGUGUGAUCGGGAGUGGGUGGAGUCACUUCGUGCACUGUUGAAAGAACAGACAGAACUGGAUUAUAAACCGAUCGCAGUGCAAACUCUGUGGAACAUAAAAAUUGCUGUGCUGGUGAAACCAGAACAUGAGAACCGGAUCAGCCACGUGGGAGUGUCCAGUGUGAAGACGGGCAUCGCCAAUACGCUGGGUAACAAAGGAGCUGUGGGCGUGUCCUUUAUGUUCAACGGGACAUCUUUCGGCUUUGUGAACUGUCACUUGACAUCAGGGAAUGAGAAGAUUGCCAGGAGGAACCAGAACUACCUAGAUAUCCUCCGCCUGCUGUCGCUAGGAGACAAACAGUUGAGCUCCUUCGACAUCUCACUGCGCUUCACACACCUCUUCUGGCUGGGAGACCUCAACUACCGGCUGGAUAUGGACAUACAGGAGAUUUUAAACUACAUUAACAGGAAGGAGUUUGAGCCUCUGCUGAAGGUGGACCAGCUCAACCUAGAGAGAGAGAAGAACAAAGUCUUUCUGCGCUUUGGGGAGGAAGAGAUCUCAUUCCCACCCACCUACCGUUAUGAACGUGGCUCAAGGGACACAUAUGUCUGGCAGAAGCAGAAGGCCACAGGGAUGAGGACGAAUGUUCCAUCCUGGUGUGACAGGAUCCUGUGGAAGUCGUACCCAGAAACACACAUUGUCUGUAACUCCUAUGGCUGUACAGAUGAUAUAGUGACCAGUGACCAUUCCCCUGUGUUUGGUACCUUUGAAGUGGGGGUGACCUCCCAGUUUGUCUCCAAGAAAGGUCUGCCGAAGUCUUCGGAGCAGGCCUACAUUGAGUUUGAGAGCAUUGAGGCCAUAGUGAAGACGGCGAGCAGAACCAAGUUUUUCAUCGAAUUCUACUCCACUUGUCUGGAAGAAUUUAAGAAAAGUUAUGAGAACGACACACAGAGCAGCGACAACGUCAACUUCCUGCGCGUGGGCUGGUCCAACAAGCAGCUGACGACGCUCAAACCUCUUCUCUCAGAGAUCGAGUACCUGCAGGACCAACAUCUGCUGCUGACGGUGAAAUCACUGGAUGGAUACGAGUCCUACGGAGAGUGUGUGUUGGCUCUGAAGUCUAUGAUUGGCAGCACAGCACAGCAGUUCCACACCUACCUGUCCCACCGUGGCGAGGAAACGGGAAAUAUCAGGGGGUCCAUGAGGGUCAGAGUCCCCUCCGAAAGAAUGGGAACCAGGGAGAGACUCUAUGAGUGGAUCAGUGUGGACAAGGAUGAGACGGGCGGACCUAAAGGGAAAUCCACUUUGGUAUCCAGAGUGGGACAUGAAUACGUCAAGCCAUCUGUAGUUCGUAAACAGCUCGGAGAGCUGGGAAAAUUGAGCGAGGAGGGAGAAAAGACCAGCAAGGAGGAAACUACUGCAAGGCCUAAACAGGAGGCACCAGACGGGGAUCCAUCCGUCUGCAAGAACAGCUACAAUAACCCCGCCUACUACAUCCUGGAGGGCGUUCCCAACCAGUCGGCAGCUGCUCUUUCGCCUGAGCUUCUUCCAUCUCCAACCUCCACAAACCCCCAGGUAGCUAAAGCCCCUCCUCCUUCAGCUGGAGCUCGAACCAAACCACCCUAUGUGGCCCCGGUGCCCUCUCAGCCACGCAGAACCAUGAUGGGGCACCCGGUCCGUGCUAUUAGCGAGGAGGGCUCCUCAGAAGACGAUGGAGGCGCCUGUGUAGCAGGAGCAGGGGGUGGUGUUGGAACAACAGUUGGAAGCACACUGAAUCGACCUCCUCCUGACUUCCCCCCUCCUCCUCUCCCCAAGGGAGCCCUGGAGAUGGUUGCAGAAGCCCCCUUCUCCAAACCUCGCACUCUUUACCCAGACCUGGCCGAGGUCAGGAUCCCAGCAGCUAGUCCAGCUGCCCCACCGUCCCUCGUAGAGGGUUUUAGACGAGGAGGAGGAGGAGGAGGAGGAGGAGGAGGAGGAGUUGGAUCAGGGGCAUUGGACGACCAGUCGUGUUCUGUGCUCCAGAUGGCAAAGACACUGAGUGAGAGUGAAUUUCCUGGUCAGCCUCCACGCGCUCCGUCAGCACCGCCGCCUCUUAGAGGGCAGCCGAUGGGUUUAGGUGUGGAUGCCUGCCGCACCUUCCCACCCAGAAAUGCCAUCACAGAGAGUAUUGCAGAGGACAUGCCUGAGGAGGCACUUUGGGGCAGCAGUAGUUCGUCUUUGUCCGUUGGGGAGUCGUCGGUGGGGGAGUGGCUGCAGAGACUUGGACUGGAGAGAUAUGAGCAGGGCCUUCUACACAACGGCUGGGACGACCUGGAGUUCCUCAGUGAUAUCACUGAGGAGGACCUGGAAGAGGCGGGAGUGCUCGACCCCGCUCACAAGCGAAUCCUGCUGGAGAGCCUCAAGCAGCAGCAGCAGCAGAAAUAAACUUUUUUUUAAACUGGUCUAUGACUGGUCCAAACUGGCCUGGUACCACACCAGGUCCCAAGAGGCCAAACCUCAGCUGAACUGAACUGAACUGAACUGAACUGAACUGAACUGAACUGAACUGAACUGAACUGAACUGAGCUGGAACGUGCCAAUUGAUGCCAGACUGUGCCUUCUGAGAGAAAUUGCACUCCAUUUGUAUUCUCAAAAAAACACUUAGAACCACCAUCUUUUUCAGAUGUACUGUAUGUGUGUUGUUGUUGUUGUUGUCGUUGUCGUAGAAGUGGCCUUAUUUAAAGAGAAUCGUUUCAGUCCAAGUGACACUACAAGUCCCUCAGCAUUGAAUUCUAGUGAGAAGAUGCAGGAUGAGGUAAUGGAAUUGGAGAUAUGACUUGCGUGUGGAGCAGCUGAUGCCUUGAUGUUGUACCGUCACUUCUGACCCUCAGCUUCAAGCUAGCUUUAUAGCUUGUUUUUCUUUCUGUGUCCUGAGAAACUUAAAUCAAGAGUGAAGUUUGAUAAUUCUCAGAAGUGGUGGUUUUCAAAUUUAACGGAAAACGAAAAGAGGGAUUUUUGUGGGAAACCAGAGCAUUGUCUCAGUUUUUUCUCCCACUAAUGGUCACAUUUGGGGAAACUUUAUGGGAAUUGUUAGAGAGCACUCAAGGGUAAUGUCAGCACACAGAUAGGUAGAGGAACACCCUCGCUUCUGUGAUGGAGGCAGGCAGGAAGUGGUGACAGGAGAGGAGUUAGCCCGGGCUCAUGUCAGGCUAUAGGGAGGUCAACCUGCAAUUCUCAUUGUUGUUUAAAUGGUGGCAAUCAUUGUGUCUGUCUCUGCACAUAUUUAUGUUUUUUAUGUUGUUGUUUUUUAAGGAUAAAGGGAAAAUGGAGCAAACCAACCAAACUGGUCCCAGGUGGCGUUAAAAGUACAUUUUUUGCUGUGGUAGAACAUCGGACUGUUAGCCAUCAGCACCCGUUUGUUAUCCGUUCACACGCAACACUGACAUUUCAGCUUUUGUCCUGAUGCUUGCAGAUUGUGACUGCAUUAUUAGAAGAUGAGAAGUUCUGUUUCAGAAAUCUGUAAAGACUGACAAAUGAGUACAGAAGUAAAUGAGGUAAUAUUAUCAUCAUUUUACAUGAGAUUAAUUCUGAAGUGGGGUUUUUUCCAGCACAUUUAUCAUUUUCACACUUUAAUUGUCUGUGAGGACAUUAAAUUCAAAUUAUGUGAAGAAGUCGAAUCUUAUCUUAACAUCAUAAAACCAAGGUUUGAUGGGCUUUAUGUCACAUCUUUCAUUCAUUUCUCUUUAAAUUGUUUUAAGUGCUCACGGAAUUUGUUAACAUGGCUAAAUAGAUUAACCAAUGAUAAUAUUCUACAGAUGAUUAUUUACUUAGCCAUCUUAUUGUCAUUGAGAAACCAUUUGUCACCAAAACAUUUUUUUCCCUGUAAUGCCGUCUGGAGAUUUUGCUGAUUUUAUUUGGUUAUUUUGUUACAUUAAUAGAGACACAGAAUAUAUUUUGUACUCGUGGGAGAAGAUGUCACCUCUCAUGAUUCAUUAAAAACAAAAAAGUCCGGUUUUUGUAGGACAUAGACGGUUUAAAGGUUGAUGUUGUUCCCUAGUGCAACCAGCAGGUGGUGCUGCUUCUCCAUAAACCCCACCAGUAGGUUUGAUGCUGGCUGUGCAAACUUUGUGGAAAAUAAGAUACAACCAAGUCAUGUUGAGUGAAAGAAGGUGGUUUGUUAAUAUAUUGUUCUUGAGCAGUUAAAACCUGAGUGUUAACUUACAUGUUAGUGUUCACAAUGUCUUUAUUCUUAAUUUAAAUCCUGUUUCCUCUUCUGACUUUAAGACUAGAAGCCAAACCGAUAAGCCAGUUUAUAGUUGUUUUUUAAGAGAUGCUGAUGUGGAGACCUCUAUACUGUCAAUGAAUGUGUUGUUUCAUAAUUGGGACUAAAUAUGUGUUUGUAGCAGUUUCAUUCAUGUCUUUUCUCUCCUCAUUUUCCUUUUUUUGACACAGAAACGUCCUCGAAUUAUGUUGCUCACAUGCAACCUCUGCCAUUUUUGCUUGUGUUAUGUGUAAUACGAGUUGUCUAAUUUUCUAAACAACUAUAAUGCAGAGAACGUGGAUCUGCCGUUUAGCCUCUCAGUGUCCUUGCUUAUGUUUGUGUGAGUGUGUGUUUAUGUGUUUCAUGUGCAUGAGUGAAAAAGAGACUCGCCAUUUUCUCUGUGACACACUCCAUUUUAUCUUGUUCCUUCAUGUAGUCACCUCUUUUGGUUAUGUUAUGUUAAUGUAAGUUA